CGCUCGGCUAGCGCAACCGCCGCAACCGGGUUAUUCCCGCGAGCAAGCCGACGAUCGUCACGAUCGAUCGCGGCGGCCCCUUUUCAACAGCGCGAAACCCCCAGGGCCGGCAAGGCAAGUGCGCGAAAGUCACAACCCCCACAGGGAAACCCGCUCUGCUCGGCGGAUCAAACGUGAUCAGACCGUCGUUGGUGGUAGGUGUCAUCGGCAGCCGUUCGGUGCGCAGUAUCACACGUGCUAGUUGCCAGUAGACCAUCGGUGUCCAUCGGUGUCCAGCUCGACGACGAGUAGCACCCGAUAGGUUACGAUCUGUUAGUUCCUGUAGCUCGCGUGUAAACAAAAAGUGCCUGCUCCGACGAGCAAGUGAGCAAGAUGUUGCCCGCCAUUGAAGACAGUGCACGGUGGAUCACACGGAUCGUGAUCGGGGCGAUCGUUAUCGGGACCGUUCUUGCCGAUAGCAAUGUUGGUGAAUCCUGUGCGUACGGCAACGAUCCCGGCAUCUGUCUCGAUUACAGCGUCUGCCGGCCGCUGCUCGAACAAUCGCGGAUAGUGAAGAUCUGUGGCUACACACCGCAGCAGGCGGUCGUCUGCUGUCCGGUCGACUACAAGCAGCGCCUGCAGCAGCUCCUGUACAACCCAAGCCAGCGUGUUAGUGAACGAAAAUGUCGCGAGUAUCAGGCCCCAUCCAGUUCCGGUCUGCUGCUCGGCUCCCUGGCGGUCGGAUCGUCGGUGGUGAAGCUGAAACCACGCAAACAGUGUCCGACCGAUCAGAACCUUAUCGUCGGUGGUAAGGCGGCCCGGUACGGUGAGUUCCCGCACAUGGCCCGGCUGGCGAUGCCGAACGACAACGGCGAUAUGACGUUCCGGUGCGGUGGUACGCUCAUCAGCGACCGGUGGGUCAUGACCGCAGCACACUGCAUCGAGUCGCAAAGGAUUAUGGUGCGGCUGGGUGAGCUCAAGGAGGUGGACGAUGAGUUUGGCGAGCCGGUCGACGAAUGGGUGGUGGAGAUAGUGAAGCACCCCAACUACAAACCACGCACCGUCUACAACGAUAUCGCACUGCUGAAGCUAGCGAACCCGGUGUCCUUUUCGUUCCGUGUGCGGCCAGCCUGCCUGUACACCGAGCCAACGGUCGAGCGUGCGAAAGCGGUCGCCAUCGGGUUUGGUUCGACGGAAGCAUAUGGUGACGGCUCGAAGGAACUGCUCAAAGUGUCCCUCGAUUUGUACACAACGCCCGCCUGUGCCCAAUACUUCCAACGAAACCGGCGCGUCCCGCAGGGUCUGCGGUCGACGCAUCUGUGUGCCGGGUAUGCGGCCGGCGGUCGGGACACCUGUACGGGCGAUUCCGGCGGUCCACUGCAGAUCAGCUCCAGCGAUGAGGCGUGCUUCGCGCAAAUCGUCGGCAUCACCUCGUUCGGUAUAGGGUGCGGUUCGGCGACACCCGGCAUCUACACGCGCGUGUCGGAGUAUGUCGACUGGAUCGAGGAGAUCGUUUGGCCCUCGGAACGGUUACCGUUGACGGAAGGGUUACGCUUUUCGUAGGCCGACGGUAGCUCCUGCCCGCUCGAUCGUGCCGAUAGUGUAUGUUUACGUGUUGAAAGGGGGUAUUAGUCGUGUUAGUGUUUAGGUUAAGACGUUUGGUUUUGUUGAUGUAAAUUGUGUAUUAAAACUGUUCUCGUAAGCGUAAGUGUAUACUAAGUCAGUGUGCGAACUGAGAUUAAUGAUGGCGCGCCGAUGCAGAUCAGUAAUAGUAGUAUAGCAAAAAUGGACUCAAGUGCAACGCUGGUACAGUAUGUUAAAUCAUGCCGUAAAAGAUAUUUUCUUACAGAAAAAAAAACAAUAAAGCAUUUAGAGAAAUCCCCAAAACUGUGGAGAAAAAUAGUAA